AUGUCUUCCUUCUGUCCUCCUUCGUCGUCGUCACCUCAUUCUUCUAGCUCUUCUCCGAGAACCGCUUUAAUAGCUGCUGCAUCUUCUCUUCCUUUAUCUUUGCAUAAAACUCAAAAAAUAGAAAACACCCCCACGCUCGAAACAACAACUAAUACUCAGGACUCAGCUGUAAAAUUGACCGACAACCCUUUUCUUCCGGAACUCGAUUUACCAACUCCCCAAUUGACUGAGCUGUCAUCUAUGACAGUCGAUAAUCACACAGACAUGUCUAGCGAGACGGAUUCCAACACUGUCACAAUUCUAAAACAACAAGUUCAUAAUUUGCGUCAUGAUCUUGCCGAAAGAAAUGCAAUACUAGUGACCGUGCAAAAACAAUUAGGUCGCUCACAAAAUGGCAACGAAGGACCAACCGGUCGUGUCAUUGAAAAGUUACACGAUGAAAUCGAUCACCUGAAAAAAGAACUUGCCGACGCAAAAACACAAAUCCAAGUUAAUAAAGUUUCACGUGAACGAGCAGAACGACAGCUACACGAACAUUUAAACUCACAUGAAACUUUUCGUGCAGAAAUUGAGUCGUUGAAACGAAUGCUUGAACGAAAAGAAAAUAAAAUAAAGGAGAUGGAAGGUGUAGCCAAAGAUAUUGAUAAAAAGCAACUAGAUAUGAAGUUUGAACGUGAUAACGCAAAUACUAAACUUCGACAAUCAGAACUAAAAGUGUCAUCCCUAGAGCGAAAACUGGCAGAUGCUCUCGCCGGAAAAGAUCAAGCUGAACACGAAUAUCUUCUCUUAUCAAAGGAGAUGCAAAAUUUCAAACGACGAUACGCAGAAGAUGUGAAUAUCGUGAAAAAAGAUUUUCUGGUGCUUCGAGAACAAUUAAACAAGAAAGCUCAGCAAAUGGAAGAUGUUAUAUUAACGACUGGUGUCCGUAUUGAAGAAUUAACAUCCAGUCAUAAUCCGGAUGUGGAAACCUUGGAAACUACUCAUAAUAAGUUGAAACAAAAUCAAGAAAAAUAUGCGGCAAAAUUCUUAAUUGAGAUAGAAAAAAUGAGACGAGAAAUUGAGAUGUCAAGUAAGAAGACUUCGGAAAAUGUAGAACAAGUAGGAAAAAUGAAAGCAGAAAUAUCUGGCAAAUUAAAUUGGUUAGCUCGUAUCGAAAAAGCACAAAUAGCAUCUUGA